AUGCAAACCAGAGACCGCACCAAACCUUCUCGGCAAAUUCCCCCCCAAAUCCUAGCCGUCCCUUCCUAGCCUCCCUCCAUCACCGCACGUCGCGCCUCUCUCACCGCCGUCGUCGCUCUCCCCCAUCGCCCCAUGGCGCUCACUGUCGUUUCCGCGGGCCUCUCCGCCACGCCGACUCGCACCGUCAGCUUCCCCCUCGCCCAUUCAAGUGCAGCCUCCGCCGCUCCAACGUCCGCCUCCCCGCUUCCCAUCGCCGCGCCUACCCCACGUGCCUCCAGCGCCGCGGCUCGCCGCGCGGCUGCUGCGCCCCGGGGCUCCUCGUGGCUGCGCGGAUCCCCCUUGCAGCUUCCCGCGCGCGGGCUGUCGGCGGGAUCUCGCGGGGACAGUGCUAAGGCCGUGCGGAGAGGCGGGGGUGCGAUGGCGGCGACCGCGGGACUGGGAGACGCCGCGGGUUUGACGGCGGCUGCGUACGGCGCUUCUCUGCUGUUCGGCGGCCUCUUCGCUUACAUCCGCACCGGCAGCAAGUACUCACUGGGAGGCGGGCUGACGGGCGCUGCUCUCUUUGCCACGGCGUUCUAUCUCAUUCAGAGCGCUCAGACGGAAUCCCUGGGCAACGCUCUGGGCUUCGGCGCUGGCCUUCUCUUCUGUGCCCUCUUCGCCAUCCGCCUGUUCCUCACAGGAAAGCCCAUGCCAGCCGCGCCUCUUCUUGCCUUCAGUGCAGCAGCCACUGCUGUUUUUGCAUCCGCCUAUUUUGGCUGAUGCUCCACAGGAGGCAUUUCUCGACUCUUAGGCUGAAAAACCUAGUACAUACUACUGCCACUCGAGCUCACCAGGGCCAGUUAGCACACAUGAUGCAGAGUGGAAUGCUUUGAGCUGUAGGGGAAGUUAUGUGUUUUAAUAAAUAUCAUACUUGUGGACAAGGGAUGUAAAAUGUGUGAAAUGUUCAAUUCCC